AUGGCUACGGCAGGGCCUUCCCAGGCCGCACCUAAUGCAGAACACGCUUUGCCUCACGAGACUACACCCAAACAGCGUGACCAAAUUCGUCUCGUAUUUCAGGAAGAGUUCCGUGUCCCUGUUGACCAGAAAAUUAACGUCGAGACCACCAUACUCUACAACGCACUUUCUACCAAGCGACACGCCGACAUCGACGAUCAAGAUGACGGCUCCUUCCACUCGGAAGUCCUCAAAAACUCAAUCGACCUCCUCCAGCGAUUCUACAGAUGCGCGCCCCUGUACCUUAAGGUGGACUCGGGCCAUAGGCAGCGCAACAACAACUUCUUCGCCAAGGAUAUCUUCUGCAGGACCUUCUGCCCCGACAUCGAUGGCUUUGACAAUAAAGACAACCCCCGUGCCUGGCUCGACGUUUUCCACUUCUUCCAUGCCAUGAAGGAAAUAUGGGACAGAAGCUUAUUUGGAGGUCGCGAAGUGUCCGAAAAGGAAAGGAUCGCGGCCAUGUGCUACACACACGGAGACGUCACUCGAAAGGGUCCGACUUCGUCCAGAAAAGGUGCUCUGCUGUGGGAACUCAUGGGUCUGACGUCCAAGGCCGUGGACAAAGAAGGAACCAAGAUUUCUGAGACAUGGUGCGUCGAAGCCGCGGUCAGGAUCGGGCUCUGGCAGAAAAGGCUCAAGGAAGACAAGGACUCGCUGUUCCGUCUUCCUAUUGAUGAUGACUGGGGAAACCACACCGACGAUCUCCUUCCUGAGCGCGACGAAGACGCGAUGAAACUUUUCAAGGACUUGGAGACAAAAUUACGCAACUUCUACGUAAAAUGCAAAGAGCAGAUGCCCGAGCAAGUCACGGUCCUCCCUGUUAUCGAGAAUCCUCGUGCCAGAACGACUACCCCCGAGAUCAUCAACCAAGAGGAUGGCACUCGCGAUCAAAAAGACCCAGAGAUGAUCCAGAGGGGCGGUGCCAGUGAGCGAUCAACUCCAGAGAUGGAUUUUCCGCGCAUGAUCAGCCGAGAGUUCAUCCCACGGACGACCAACCGACGAUACCCCAUCCUGCAGAGAUCCUCGCCACAGCAUACGAUCCCUCAGAACAAGAUUUUACAGAGCACGAGCCCACAAAGAAGCAUCCCACCUACGCCCAGCCCACGGCAGGCCAUCCCACAAAAGAAGGCCUUCCCACACAGGGCGUACCAACAGGCAGCUUCACGAAAUAUUAUCAUUGAGGACCCAAGGAGAUUCACAGCUCCUAUUGAUCCCACAUCUAUCAGUCUGGACCAGGCCAAGGAGCUCAUCACCAACGUUCUCCGCGCCAACGGCCAGGAGCCCGACUGGGAUCCGGAGCUGCCGCGCAUGGUGAUCAGGGCUAAUCCUUACAGACGUUGA